AUGUUACGCUCAUCAAUGCGUUUUAGCCGGGUGCCUAGCCUGCAUCGGCCUCUUGGUCGUUCUCUCAAACCCACCGCUCUUUCGCGCAACACAUUAAGAUCCGCCUCAACGGUCACAAACUUGGACAACUUCCCCCAGGUUGGCGAGAAGCUCCAUGGAUUUACACUGCAUGAAAAGAAGCAUGUUCCCGAACUUCACUUGACAGCGGUCUGGAUGAAACAUGACAAGACCGAUGCAGACUAUAUGCAUGUCGCCCGAGAUGAUAAGAACAAUGUUUUUGGAAUUGGGUUCAAGACUAAUCCGCCCGACGCUACGGGCGUGCCUCAUAUCCUAGAGCAUACGACGUUAUGUGGCAGCGAGAAGUUUCCCAUCCGCGACCCGUUCUUCAAGAUGCUUCCACGCUCACUAUCAAACUUUAUGAAUGCUUUCACGGCCUCCGACCACACGACAUACCCUUUCGCCACUACCAAUCAACAGGACUUCUCCAAUUUGCUAUCUGUCUAUCUCGACGCCACACUGCACCCACUGCUUAAAGAGUCAGACUUCCGACAAGAAGGAUGGCGUCUGGGACCCGAGGACCCACGCGCUGCGCAGCCGGUGGAUGGUCAACCCGAGAAGCAGCUGUCUUUGGAGGACAUUGUAUUCAAGGGUGUUGUUUACAAUGAAAUGAAGGGCCAAAUCUCGGACGCGAACUACCUUUACUACAUCCGGUUCAAGGAGAGCAUUUUCCCUUCUCUGAACAACUCAGGCGGUGACCCGGAAUACAUCACCGACCUCACCCACAAGCAGCUGACGGAUUUCUCAAAACGCAACUAUCACCCCAGCAAUUCUAAAAUUCUCACAUAUGGUGACAUGCCUCUGGCCGACCAUUUGCAGCAAAUCGGCGCCGUAUUGGAUGGCUUCGAGAAGGGUCAAGCCGAUACUGAUAUCAAGAAGCCUUUGGAUCUUACAAAGGGACCGUUGAACGUAACUGUUCCUGGACCCGUUGAUACCUUUGCUGGCGAGGAUAAGCAACACAAGACUUCCACCUCCUGGUAUAUGGGCGACACUACUGAUAUCGUGGAAACUUUCUCUGUUGGAAUCGUCUCCUCGCUGCUUCUUGACGGUUAUGGCUCACCCAUGUACCGCGCUCUUGUCGAGAGUGGACUCGGCUCUUCAUUCACUCCCAACACCGGUCUCGACCCAUCCGGCCGGACUCCGAUUUUCUCGGUUGGCCUGAACGGUCUGACUGAAGCAAACGCUUCGACCAUCAAGGAUGUGAUUCAGAAUGCUCUUCGUGAAUCCGUCUCUGCCGGAUUCAGCGAGGAGAAGGUUCAAGGAUUCCUUCACCAACUGGAACUCGCGCUCCGCCACAAGACCGCCAACUUUGGUAUCGGCGUGAUGGAGAAGACCAUCUCCACUUGGCUCAAUGGCUCAAACCCCAUGAAAGAAUUGGCUUGGAAUGAUGUCAUCAAUGAGUUCAAGGCCAGAUACGCGCAGCCUCGUUACCUGGAAUCUCUGGUCGAGAAGUACCUGAUCAACGAUCAGUGUAUGACUUUCACCAUGGUUGGCACUUCUACUUUCGGCAAGGAGCUCGACGAUAAGGAGGUGGUGCGCAAGGACACAAAACUUGCGCAGCUUAUUGAGCAGCACGGAUCCGUGGAGAAGGCGGUUGCCAAGCUUGGAGAAGAGGAGCUUGAGCUUCUCAAGAUCCAAGAAGAUGCCCACAACGCCGAUCUGAGCUGUCUUCCAUCGUUGAGGGUAAAAGAUAUCUCCCGGCAGAAGGAGCGGAAGCCUGUCAGAGAGGCUAAGGUCGACGGCACUGAUGUUGUCUGGCGUGAAGCUCCUACCAAUGGCCUUACCUACUUCCAAGCCUUGAACGACUUUGUCGAUCUGCCCAAUGAUCUCCGAUUGCUCAUGCCUUUGUUCAACGACUGUGUCAUGCGCCUCGGAACCGCAAACCGAUCGAUGGAACAGUGGGAGGAUCUUAUCAAGCUCAAGACCGGUGGCAUUUCAACCUCAUCUUUCCUCGUGUCGUCGCCAACACAUCUUGACCGCUUCAAGGAGGGCAUGCAGUUCUCUGGAUUCGCUGUUGAUGAGAACAUUCCCGAGAUGCUGGAAAUGCUCUCUGUUCUUGUCACAGAGACCGAUUUCACGAGCCCUGCCGCCCCCGCAAUGAUUCAAGAGCUUCUGCGGAUGACUACCAACGGAGCCUUGGAUGCCAUCGCGGGAACUGGUCACCGGUUUGCCGUGAACGCUGCGGCAGCUAGCCUCUCGCCCAGCUUCUGGGUCCAGGAGCAGCAGUCUGGUCUUGAUCAGCUGCAGGCCACAGCUAACCUGCUUCGCGAUGCUGAGUCCUCCCCGGAGCGCCUUCAGGAGCUCAUUGAGAAGCUUCGGCUGAUCCAGUCCUUUGCGAUCACUUCGUCUAACAUGCGCAUCCGCAUGGUCUGCGAGCCGGAGAGCGCUAGCCGCAACGAGUCCACUCUGCAAAAGUGGAUCUCUGGUCUGCCUCAAGCCAAGUCUCCUGUUUCCAACUUGUCCACCGCUGGCUUCAAGUCGGCUGAGAAGGCCUUCUAUGAUAUGCCAUACAAGGUCUACUAUUCCGGACAGGCCUCCCAGACUGUGCCAUUCGUUGAUCCAUCCAGUGCGCCUCUGAGCGUCCUGUCCCAACUCCUCACUCACAACUACCUUCACCCCGAGAUUCGGGAGAAGGGAGGCGCGUAUGGUGCUGGAGCUAGCAAUGGCCCCAUCAAGGGCAUGUUCACCUUCAUGAGCUACCGGGACCCCAACCCUCUGAACUCCCUGAAGGUAUUCAAGAACAGUGGUAUCUUUGCUAGAGACCGCGCCUGGUCCGAGCGUGAGAUCGAAGAAGCCAAGCUUGGCAUCUUCCAAGGUCUCGACGCUCCUGUCAGCGUUGACGAUGAAGGCGCUCGUUACUUCAUGAGCGGUGUUACCCAUGAAAUGGACCAGCGCUGGAGAGAGCAAGUCUUGGAUGUUACCGCCAAGGAUGUGAAUGCCGCCGCGGACAGAUUCUUGGUGAACGCCUCUCGCAAGGCCACUUGCGUUCUCGGCGAGAAGAAGGACUGGGCUGAAUCUGAAUGGGAAGUCCGCAAGCUUUCCAUGGAUGCCAGUGCUUAA